CGAUAAAUGUAACUUUUAUUAAAUAUACAUAGGGAAUAAUGUUAUAAUUUCCAAACUAUGUGCACUUAUUCAAAGAUCUCAGUGCUGUUCAAACUAUCAAAUAUUACUGUGAAUAGACUAUUAUGUGAUUACGUGCCGGCAAUAGAUAAAACAGCUGUUGAAGUUAUUUCUAGACAAGAUUAAAAUGCUGCUAAUAAAACGUUUUUGUGGCGGAUUCCAACGCAUAAAUGCAAUUACAAAAGGUUCCAAGCCAGGAGAACGUCUCAGCGUACAGGGCUGGAUACAAAACAUACGACGGCUAAAGAAAAAUAUAUUUUUUGACUUAAACGAUGGCUCUACUAUGCGAAAGUUUCAAGUAGUGAUACCAAAAAAUUCAGACACUAAAGACAUUGGGGUAGGCAGCAAUAUAAGUGCGACUGGUUGUGUACAAACUGCACCAAAUGGACAACUUGAAUUACAUGCUGAACACGUAGAAGUAAUAGCUGACGGUAACAUUACGGAGGGCUACCCCUUCUCUCCGAAGCAACAACAUUCACCGGAAUAUGUGCGUGAACACUUGCAUUUACGUUCGCGAGUCGAUUAUAUUGCGGCACAGUUGAGACUGAGGCAUCGGGCAAUGAAGGCAAUACAUGAUUACAUGGAUAAAUUGGACUUUAUUCAAAUUAACACACCCGUACUUACAACAAAUGAUUGUGAGGGAGCUGGAGAAGUGUUCCGAGUACAACCAGAUUCUGCUGAUCUCCUUAAAGAAAUGACACGUCCAAGUAUACCGAUAGAGCAAAGCUAUUUCGAUAAUAAGGUUUUUCUAUCGGUUUCGGGCCAAUUUCAUUUGGAAGCCAUGACCUACGGCUUAGGUAAUACGUACACCUUAAACCCAGCAUUUCGUGCAGAAAACUGCAAGUCGCCCAUACAUUUAUCGGAAUUUUACAUGUACGAAGCAGAGAUAGCAUUUAUUACAAAUAUUUCCUCCUUAACGGAAUUUAUUGAAAAAAUGAUCAAAGCAAUAACAUCUCGCAUCAUAGAAUCAUCACUAGAUGAUUUAAAAUUUUGCCAAGAGAAAGCUUUGGGUUCUGCAUUUGAUAUACCUUGGCUGGAAUCCCCCUGGAUAACACUUAGCUACGAUGAAGCUUGCGAUAUUAUACUUGCAAACAAAGAAAAAUUCAAAACAGAGUUGAAACCGGCCGAAGGAUUUUCUAAAGAACAAGAGUUGUAUAUGGUCGAAUAUUGCCAAGCACCGGUAUUCGUUGUGGAAUGGCCUGCGAACCAAAAACCGUUCUACAUGAAAGCUGUGCGCUCAAAUCCAGAGCGCGUACAUGCUUUAGACUUGUUAAUGCCUGGAGUAGGAGAGUUAUGCGGUGGAAGCUUGCGUGAAAAUGACGAAGAACGACUGCGGGCGCUCCCACAUCUACCCCAGGGUCUAGAAUGGUAUUUGGAGUUGCGAAAGUAUGGUGGUACACCAACAGGUGGAUUCGGUAUGGGUUUCGAACGAUACUUACAAUUAAUAACAGGUGUUAAAAACAUACGGGAUGUCAUACCAUUUCCGCGCUACCCACAUAGCUGUAAAUUGUGAAGGCCAUUCAAAUAUAUAUUUUAAGAACCAAUAUGUAUGUCCAUGAAAAUUUAAUAAAAACCUUUGAAACAAA